UUUUGACAUGAAGUUGGCAACAAAAUAGUCCAGCGCCAACUUCUCGUUGAUAAUUUAGAUAAUUCCAGCCUUUAUCGUAUUCAUAUCUUUUUUUCUCAUUCUAGUAAAUUUAUAACCGGUGCACGAGUAUAUUUACAAACUCCAAAAUAAGAUAAAUCAUGGGAGACUACAUGAGAGAACCAUGUCCUUGGAGGAUAAUGGACGACUGUGGAGGCGCGUUUGUGUUGGGCUCCGUAGGCGGAGGAUUAUUCCAGUUCAUAAAAGGGUACCGCAAUGCACCCAGUGGAUUCAACAGACGACUGAUAGGCAGUAUAACAGCAGUGAAACAGAGAGCUCCAGUGCUAGCAGGGAACUUCGCGGUCUGGGGCGUCACUUUCUCGGCGAUAGACUGUGCGUUUAUCCACAUCAGGAAAAAAGAGGACCCCUGGAACUCUAUCGCGAGCGGGUUCCUCACUGGAGGAGUUCUCGCAGCCAGGAGCGGAGUUUGGGCGAUGGGUGGCAGUGCGCUUAUCGGAGGAGUCUUGUUGGCGCUCAUUGAAGGCGUCCAGAUUCUAGUUAACCGAGUGGGUGCCGAGAUGGCUAUGCAGCCACCGGAGGAACCAGAACACCAGCACAAUAAUCCUAACGCUGUCCGUGGUUGGUUCUCUUAAUUUUGUAUUAUUUAUAAAUACUAUAUUUUAUUAAAAAUUACUCGAAUAGACAUUGGAGUUUACAAUUUGUUGGUUGUAAAGUUUGACAGUGAUUGAAAUAGUUUUAUUAGUGUAUACUUAUAGUUACUGAUGGAGUUAUUACAUAAGUUUAUUUUUCUUAAGUUUAUAAUUAUUGUCUUGUUGACAGUUUCGAUAUCAACUCUCAUUUUUUAGACCGUAAAUUUAAUAUUAAAGUUUAUAUUUAAUACAAUCGAUAAUUUAAUUAUUAAACAGUUGUAAAAUAUAAAUUCUUUGUCAAAAAUCAAUAAAUCUGUUCUAAAAAAAAAA